AUGAAUAAUUUAUUGGCUAUCUUCCUAAUUACAUUAAAUGUAAUAAAUGCAUUUGAAUUGGAUGUUUAUAGAAUGGUAGGCAUUGAAUAAGAUCAAUUUUGGAGCGGAAGUAAGAUAGCUUCUUUCUAAUUGCUCACGACUCAUUGGUCAGAAUUGUCAUCAAGAAAAGUGGCAUUAAUUAAAUUUUCAGAGAUUAAUCCAAAUUCAAUAUCUGAAUUGCUUACUAACAAACCUAAUGGCGUUUUGAUAAUCCUGGAUCAAUUAUCACAAGAUAAUGAAUCCCAAGUUUGGGACUUAAUCACAACUGAUUUAGGUAUUUAAUUUAUUGAAUGUAGGUCCCAAGGGAGCAACAAUCCCCAUAUAUUUCACUUAUGAAUCCGAGACUAUUAAUAAUCAUUAUAAGGAAAUUUAAAGUGAAACUGAUUAGGAAUAUUAAUUAUAAGUCACAAGCGUAGAUUAAAAGCAAAUGCUUACAUUAGAAGAUUCAUAUGUAAAUUUUAAAAUCUAAAAUAUUAGAAUUUAUUAGAAAGCAUCUCUAACUUUAAGUAAAACAAUCCUUCAACUCUUAUUGUGUUGGGAAUUGAUGAGAAUUUACCCUCAGCCGAAAUAACAAUUCCAAUCAAUAGAUUUGGAAUUCAAUCAUCCAUCUUCUUUAAGAUCGCCAGAGAGUUUAAAUAUUAGUAAAGAUUGAAGUAUUAAUCAUUUAAUUACCUUAGUCGAAACAUAAUAUUUUAUAUUUCAACUUCCUAAACUUUAGAUGAAUAUGGACUUAAGCAAUUUUAUAAGAAAUAGGAAUAUUAAAGAAUCCUAUCCACUAUAGACACAAUAAUAAUCUUUGAUUAAAUUAGGCAAAAUGAAAAACUACACGUCGAAGUCAGUUCUUAACUUUUAACUUAAGUUUAAGCAUAGUUGACUGAAUGCGAUACAACAAUUGAGGAAACUGAAACUACCAACAUUUCCAAUAAAGAAAUAGAUACAAUCAGAAUAUACACCUAGAAAUAACUCAAGAUUUUGACUCAAUAAAAUUCUACCAAAGUGCAAGACAAUCAAUAAAUUGUACUCAAUUUGGUGAGUCAAUUGAUUGACGGAAAACCUUAUGAACAAUAGCAUCAAGAUUAACUAUUUGAUGAAGCUUUGAGCUAAUUUAUCCAUACACCAAAUAGACAUCCUGCCAAUCUGUAAAAGGACUCAAAAUUCAUUAAUGAUUUAAACUCUGUAAUUAUGUUAUUUUAUAAAUAGUUAUUAAGAUAAUUAUUUAAACAUACAACUAAAAUGCAGUAUAUUGUGAAAGAUAGAAAAUUCUUUACAUCAUCUCAAUUGAAAGGACAAAUUAUCAAGUUUUAUUCGGCAUUUAUUGAUUUGUAUCUCAUCCUAGGAGUGGGUGUAUGGCUAGUUGUCAUUUAUGGAAUAACAAAAGUAAAUUAAAUUAUUAUUUUAGUAUGUUCCAUUAUUUAGAGUUGAAUAGAAUGCAAAUAAAAAAAGAAAGUGAUUUAUUUAUCAAUGUAAAUAAAUUUUAUUUGUUAUAAUUUUAAU